AUGCUAACGAUUGCGCGCGCUGCCCUCCGCGAACAGUACAUCGGUGACACAAAGUACGGCCGCCUCGUCGGCACCGACCGCGCGGGCAACCGCUUCUUCGAAAACGGCGAGGAGCUGCCCCUGCGCACCCGCUGGGUCGAGUACGCCCAGCACGACUACGACGCCGCCCAGAUCGACCCGGGCUGGCACGCCUGGAUCAGCUACUCGGUCGACGCGCCGCCCACACAGGACGCCCUCAUGCAGUUUGGCCACCGCGCCUUUGAGAAGCCCGGCGCCAUCCCCAACUACACGCAGACGAGGGGCGCGUUCAAGACGUAUAGCACGACGAAGCCCAAGAUCAAGACCUGGGAGCCGGUGGCAGCGCAGCGGGCAUAG